CAAAUGGCUUUUUACCGGCUCAGAGCAGGCGGAGACACCGGGGGAAGGCAGGCAAGCUGGGAGUUACCGCGACCGCAGCUGUCGCUUCACAUCUCGACGCACAUACAGGAUUGGACUCAUUUUUUUAUACUUAAUCCCGACUGAAAUCAAUGAAGGAGAGACGCUCGUGUCAGAAAUUAUCUCUGAAAUCCGGCAUGGAUCCCAGUCAGAGUGUUAAGUGUAAGAUAGUGGUGGUGGGAGACAGCCAGUGCGGGAAGACUGCCCUGCUUCACGUGUUCGCCAAGGACUGCUUCCCUGAGAGCUACGUCCCCACAGUGUUUGAAAACUACACCGCCAGUUUUGAAAUCGACACGCAGAGGAUUGAGCUCAGUUUGUGGGACACCUCAGGAUCUCCCUACUACGACAACGUGAGACCUCUCUCCUAUCCAGACUCUGACGCUGUCCUCAUCUGUUUCGACAUCAGCCGCCCUGAAACACUCGACAGCGUACUGAAAAAGUGGAAAGGGGAGAUCCAGGAGUUCUGUCCCAACACCAAGAUGCUGUUGGUUGGAUGUAAGUCAGACCUGCGCACUGACCUGAGCACACUGGUGGAGCUUUCCAACCACAGACAGACACCAGUCUCUUAUGACCAGGGUUCCAGCAUGGCCAAGCAGAUCUCGGCGCCCUACAUCGAGUGCUCGGCUCAGCAGUCGGAGAACAGCGUCAGAGACAUUUUCCACGUGGCCACGCUGGCUUGCAUCAACAAAAACAACAAAAACGUGAAGCGCGGCAAGGCCGCCCGCGGCAACAAGAGGAUUUCACACAUGCCCAGUAGGCCUGACCUGGCGGCUGUGGCCUCGGACCUCCGGAAGGACAAAGCCAAAAGUUGCUCGGUCAUGUGACUGAUCAGACUGAGGGGGAUUAGACAGAGAACAGAGCACAGUGCAAGCAGGAAGCUAUGGGGUAACGCUGUUUCCUGCAUGUUAAAGGCCCCUUAUUUGUCUGGAAAGGGGUUUUAUAAGCUUCAAUUCAUGUACAUGUUACUGGAAUACUCUGCACCAAUGAAAACUCAAUGCGUAGUAGCGUCCCAAUCCAUGUGGCCCCCCGCCCCACCAGAUGAGGAAGCUAUCUGUCAGCGGACUACCUGCUCGGGGGAGGGAUCCGCUUCCUCUGGGAGGACGAAGCGGAUGCGGUUGAGGCUUUCCACACCAACAGGAAAUGAGCAGGAGGAGUGAUGUCAUUAGGAGACGCUCAUUUGUAAAGGAAGGGUUUAAGAACAUGUGAUCUUUUGAUUGCGAGCCAAAGCCUGCUGCCUGGGUUGGGGAAGAGGAGCUCCUGUUGUUUGUACUGGAUUUGACUUUUUGCUCGGAGGGCUUAUACAACAACUCGUCACUGUAGUUUGGAACUGAUUCACUCUCACCCCUGCUCCUGUAACUGUUAGUCUGUGUGCAGAGGAGAUUAGAAGAAGAAUUUCUUAGUCCUGCAACAAAGGAAACCUGACGCUGUUUGUCCCCUGUCUCUGAUAUGUUGUCGGUAUAAUGUGAAGUCAUUGGUGUGUAACUGCAUCAUUUGUUUUUAUUUUAGCUUCAUCCUGAAGAGUUUCAACCAUGAACAGCUGAUCUAGGAGCUGAACGGUUCCUCUGAUCACGCCCGAGCUGUUUGAGUCAGACAGCCAUUCUGUGCCUGUUUAUUUCACCUCAACAGCUAUAGAUGCAUAAUGACUCCUCUGUAUCAUAUUGGGGAGCCAUAAGCAAAAUGGCUCUAAGCUGUUUUCAGCCUCUAGGAUCUGGCAAACAUUUCCUGAAGUCCAUGUGAUAAACAAUGCAAUUUGGCCUUUUAUUUUCACUAAUUUGUGACACUGUUUUGAAAUUAGAAAACAGAAAUAAUUUGCAUAACACGCUUUGAAACCCUUAAUGGACCCUUAGUGGGCCAAAAAGCUUUAGUUGACCAACACUUAAAAGAAAAUUUGACUUUGAUUUUGUGUAAAAUAAUAAAUCCAAACAGGCUAACAGCCAGUUUGCGCUAUGAAUAAUUUUUCCACUGCAUUUUAGGGAGGGAGUGGAAAUGAAAGCAACAACUAAAGUUUGUUUAUUAGGAUCUGAAAACAUCAGAGUUCUCUGCUUUGGAUUUUGUGAAGUGUUCAGACUCUGUUGUUGGGUAAAAUCCUUAGAAAAGGCCCGGUCACGCCAGCAAUUAAAACAGAGGACAUUUGCAGAAAAAUCUAUUAUUUCUAAUGGAAUUGUCACAAUUAGUGGAUUCGCUCGUGGGGAAGGAAGUAUAUCUGUGCAAAUUGCGCUUCAAGUUCAACGUUAGUAAUUUGUGCCAUUGACCAAUAGUAAACCAUCUUGACAGUGCUGACUUGAGGGAAUAGAGAGCCAGAGUCCAAAAUGGACGAAGUUAUUGCAGCUUAUUAGCUUUGUUGCACCAUUCACUUUUAUUUAACCUCCUCUGUCAGAGUAUAAACUGCUCCAGAAAAGAGCAGCAGUUUGCAGACCGUUAUGAGACAGGAGUCGAUGGUACAAAUACUUUUUUUUUUCUUUUUUUUUUAUAAACUGUGAACUUAUUUUCUUUUUUUUUUUAUUUAGCUAACAAGCUUGCUAAAUGACACUUGGCAAACUGAAUAUCUUUGUUUUGGUCAGACAGAACAAACAAAUCAAAGACCACACAGUGGGCUAAGAGAAAUUUGUAAAUUUUAUCGCCUAAAUGACUAAUCGGUUAAUCACGAAAAUAAUCUGCCGAUUAAUCAAUAAUGAAAAUAAUUGUUAGAACUACUUUUAUAGAAUGACAUGUACAAUACUGAGAACAAAAUGGCAGGAGGGAGUAAAUGACAGAGAGAAAAUAGAAGCUCAUUGUAUCUAUCUAAGCUAUUGUGUGUGACACUUUCUGGUGUGACCAGGCCUAACUCAAAUAGGAAGGUUUUGUUUUUAAUUAUUAUUUUUUUUUUUAAUUUCAGUGUUUGGGUUUCACGACACUUAGGCCUGUGGGGCUCCUUUCAAAAUAUGUCAUAAUGUAAACAACAAAUAUGUGUCAAUUUCAAUAUUAGACUUUUCUAAAGUCUUGAGAAACAGUGUUUUUUUAAAUUUGUGUUUUUUUUUUUUCCUCUAACAACAAUGCAAUUAAGGAGCUGUUUAAAUAUCAUUGGUAUUGAUGCACUUUUAAUGUAGUUUUUCCAACUUCCCAGUUAGCUUGUUCAAAUGCCAGUGCUGUCACAUUUGGCAGCUGAGUGGCCCAAUGCUUAUCUUCAUUUUCUAAGCUGUUGUCUCUUCUCCGUGUACAUUAUCAUGUUUUCUUGAAUGUUGAUGUCACCUUCAAAUGUCUUUUGCCAAUGUUGUUGCCGCAAUAUUUAUUGAAUUAUAUAUUUUCCCUUUAGAAUAAAUGCAAAUGGAAUUAAA